UGGUUUUCCCUAUGCUUGUUCAAUAAUGCUCUAAAUUAUCGAAACAUUUUAAAAUGAACAGCACAAUCGUUUCAGAAGUUUAUAAAUAUGCGGGCAACAGCGAUUUUAUUUUAUGUGAAUUACAUUCUCUCUUUUCUUCGAUUCGUCGUAUCGUUCAUUGUUCAUCUGUCAAAACAUUCCAUUCUGGUAAACAACGCUAGCAGCAAUGUUUAUUCCUGCAGUGAUUGCAUCGUACAGGCAGAUUAUCGAUUUUUCAUCGUGAAAGUAAAACAGUUUCUGCUUUUUAUCAUGCUUUAAAAGUCGAGAGUACAAGGAUUCAAAAGUACACAUAAACACACACCAAACAAUAUGGAAGAGCUGUCGGGGGUUAUGAUAGUGCUGAUAAUAGGCGGCGGAGUGCUGGGUGUUACGAUAUGUUUCAUUUUCGCGAAACGGCAGAUCGUUCGAUUUACGCUCCGGCAACGACGCGGACCUCAUGUUGCUGUUGGACACGAUGCUAAAAAGUCCAUCAAGAAGGAGAUAGAACGAAGGCUAGACUGCAUACAGAAAAUAUAUUACGAACCCAAGCUCAUCUGGGAUGAUAAGCAGAAAGACGAUGAGAAGUACAUUUUGAAGCCAGAUACCACGUUACCGCCGUACUACUGGCGCAUGAAGGCGGUGGAUGAUGUGAAAGAGCUUGAGCGUGAAAUAGCCAAACAGGACGGUGCCACAAGACAUCCUAGGGACAGCAUGAGAGCGUUCCUCCUCACCACACUGGCGGCGCCGCUGAACGGCUCGGGCCAACGGCUAAUACAUCAGUUCUGUGAUAUGUACGAACAUGCUCGACACGAUCCAAAUGAAUUUGGCGAGGAAGAAUAUCAAGCAUACCAACGAUUGCUUAAAAAAUUGUUCGAAGCCACAAAGAUGCUCAAAUCGUACUCCAGCAGUCGAAAAUCUUCACCAAAUCGAACACCAGUGAAAAAACACUCAAAAAUGCAAUCGCUACUCGAUCCUGCCCGCUUACGCCCUCCGCCAGUAGCACUAACAGCAGGCAAUACAGGUGAUACGAUCAUUUCGAACACUCGGAUGAAUCUUUCCCUUGCGGUACAACUGCAACAACAGCAGCAAGAACAACAAUUCCAACAACCCGAUCUAGAGGAAAACGAAAUACUCAGCAUCUCACAGUACCACGGAGAGACAGGUCUUUCAAAAAUUGAAAUGGUCUGACUCGAUCGGAAUCGGUAAGAUGAUCCAUACGUUCUAGUUUAAAUAAAAUCGUCUGUGGAAUACAAAUAGCCUGUUAUCCCUUGGGACACAAAACCAA